UUCUCUAUUUUGAUUAAAAAGGUUUUUUUUUUUUUUUUUGGUAAAAUUAAAACUGUAAAUUGUUGAUCAGCUUUUUAUUAGCAGAUAAUUUUGGCUAUUCGUAUUAAUAAUUUUUAUGAGUGUACCAUUAAGAACGUUUCUUUUGGGGGGACUUGUUCUGGCUGUCUUUUAUUGGUAAAAAACGCAGUUGUGAUGAUUAACAUUUUGGCUAGUUCGUUUUGUUUUUUUUUAGAAGCUGCUUAUUUAAUCAUUUUAUCUAUAAAAUAUUCGAUUUUUUUUUUUUUAUAACAGUUUUAAUAUAUUUUACUUUAUUUUAUUUUCUCUGUAAUAUAAAACGAGCAACUCCUUUGUACGCAGCAUAAACACUUAUUGCUUUUUUAAAACAUACUCCUAAUUGAAACAGUUUUCCCUUUAAAUAUAAAAAGGUUUUAAAUCAAAAAAACUGAGUCGAAUUUAUUAUCUCACUUAUAUAUCUUCAAUAUUAAAAAUAAAAAACAUGAAAAUGUUUAACACCCCCAAAACUGUAUUUUGUUUCUUUGCCCUCUUAAACGUUUUGGUGUUGAAUAAUGUCUCCCUUUCGAAUGACCAUGCCCUUUCAUCACCAGCUGUGAGAGCCUUCCCAAGACACUUAUCCGAAGCGAUAAAUGAUUACUAUAAUAAUCAUUCAUCAUAUAAUCAUAAUGGUAUACGCGGUUGUCCUAUAUUUUUGACAGAGCAUAUUUUCAAAAAACAUUCAGAUAAUGCCGCGAUAUUAUCGGAAUUAAGAAUGAAAGAGAAUCUGAUUUAUGAAAAAUUUAGCAAUGGUCGAGUGAGCAAUAGAGAUAUGGUUUCUCUGCUUGAUGCAUUUAACAAAUUAUAUGUCACGGAGAAAGCAAUAAUGAUGAAGAGAUUAUCAAACACGCUCAAUGAUUUAUCAACAAAAUAUAAAAUUCCAGCGAAGGAGACAGGAGAGUUGUUGAGAGAAUGCAAGCAAAGCAUUGAGUCUGAACAUAAUGCAAAAAUUGACUCUUAUAAAAAACGCCAUGAUUCAUUUGUAUCGUCGAGCAAUGCAAAAGCUUCUUCUUUCAUGGGCUUCUAUAAGAAAUACGUUGUAACAUUGCAUAAUGCAUUAAAACGUAGUGAAAAAAAAUGGUAUAAAAUUUUUGCCGAGAGAGCGAAUAGAUAUGGAGCGGCUGCCCCCAAACAAUAG